AUGGUAGAGUUCCAUGGAGAAGUUGAUACUGUAAGGGUUGGGGUAGUUGUAGAAGAUGAGGAAGCAUCUGAAGAUCACAUCAGCUACGAAGAGCUCAAGAAGCGAAUGUGGAAGGAUCGUAUUUGCUUACAAAAUCUCAAAGAGAGUGGAAAAAUCAUUGAGGACGAAGAAGACCGUGAAGAUGAAGAAGAACCUGCAGAGUCGUUGGCAAAGCAAGAAGCGUCUCGUCGAAAGAAAAUGGCAAGAUCCCAAGAUUCGAUACUGAAAUACAUGGUGAAAAUCAUGGAGAUAUGCAAAGCAAAGGGCUUUGUGUAUGGGAUUGUGCCUGAGAAGGGAAAGCCAAUGACGGGCUCCUCUUAUAGCUUAAGAGAGUGGUGGAAAGACAAAGUGAGAUUUGACCAAAACGCCCCCAUUGCAAUAUCCGAGCAUCUGCCAGCUUUGAUUUUUGAACAAGGUGAGUUGGAUCAUGGUUCUUAUGCUCAUUUGCUUCAUGAACUGCAAGACACUACUUUGGGGUUUCUUCUUUCUGCUCUGAUGCAGCACUGCAUGCCGCCACAGCGGAGGUUCCCUCUGGAGAAGGGUUUGGCUCCCCCUUGGUGGCCCACGGGGGAGGAGAUGUGGUGGGGGGACCAAGGGCUUUCUGUAGAGCAUGUCGCUCCUCCUUAUCUUAAAAAGGCAUGGAAUGUAAAUGCCUUGGCUGCUGUGAUCAAACACAUGGCCCCUAAUUCGGAUAAAGUGAGAAAGCUUGUGAGGCAAAGCAAGUGUUUGCAAGAUAAGAUGACUGCUAAGGAGACUGCUAUUUUGUCCAAAGUGGUUAACCAAGAAGAAUUGCUUAUACAAAUUACUGAGAAAUGCCUCAAAAUCUUUGAUCACUCAAAUAAAAAGGGUAGGAAUAUGAAGUGGCCUGCUACUGCUAGCAAUGAAAAGGGGAAGUUGAUGAGUACUGAUUUGGGAUUAGGGUUUGUGGAUAAGAAAUCAAGGGCAGACCAUGAUCAAGAUCAAGACCAUGAUCUACAGGUGACGAAAACGUUUCGUCUAAAAAAACUUUACAGUACGAACAGGGCUGUCUCUGAGAUUUUGGGGCCCUAUGCGAGACUCCAAAGGAGGCUUUUAAAAAGUAUAUAA